UGCUUGCAAGUCGAAGCUUUGAUCAGGUACCUUCUGGCGAUAAAGAGCACAAAAUUUGGACAGAUCGUGGCACUAAAUUAUGGCUUUGGACAAUGAACAGUACCUACGACAACUCCAACGAGAGUACCUUGACUUCCUGGAUGACGAUGAGGAUCAAGGAAUUUAUCAUGGCAAAGUUCGUGACAUGAUAAGCAGAAAUGAAUGCAGAUUGAUUGUAAACAUCAAUGAUCUGAGGAGAAAAAACGAGAAAAGAGCUGUUGAAAUUCUCAACAAUUCCUUUGAGGAGUUAAUCGCAUUUCAGAAUGCCCUAAAGGAGUUUGUGAGCUCUGCAGAUACAGCUUACGGCAGAAAAAAUGAAGAGUUCUUUAUUGGAUUUGACGGAAGCUUUGGUGCAAAGCAUGUAACUCCUAGGUCACUUUCUGCUCGUUUUAUCGGGAACAUGGUCUGUGUGGAGGGAAUUGUCACUAAGUGUUCACUUGUGAGGCCUAAAGUUGUACGUAGUGUUCAUUACUGUCCUCAGACCAAGAAGACUUUGGUUCGUAGGUACACAGACCUGACUUCUCUGGAUGCCUUCCCAACAAGUUCUGUCUAUCCAACAAAGGAUGAAGAUGGUAAUCCGCUGGAGACUGAGUAUGGUUUAUCAACCUACAAAGAUCAUCAGACAUUUACAAUUCAGGAAAUGCCUGAAAAAGCUCCAGCAGGGCAGCUUCCUCGCUCAGUGGACAUCAUUUCUGAUAAUGACCUGGUAGAUAAGUGCAAGCCUGGUGACAGAGUACAAGUUGUUGGAAUGUAUCGUUGCCUUCCAUCAAAGAGAGCUGGAUUCACCCCAGGAACAUUUAGAACUGUUCUUAUUGCUAACCACAUCCAUGUAUUGAGUAAGGAAAUUGCUCCAAAUUUUUCUGCUGCUGAUGUGUCCAACAUUAAGAAGUUCAGUCGUCGCAAGAAGGAUGUAUUUGAAAUGCUUGCCCAGUCCUUAGCUCCAUCUAUUCAUGGACAUGAGUACAUUAAGAGAGCAGUGUUAUGUCUGCUGUUGGGAGGAACAGAGAAAGUCUUGGAAAAUGGCACAAGACUGAGAGGGGACAUUAAUGUUCUGCUGAUUGGUGAUCCAUCUACUGCUAAGUCACAGAUGUUAAGGUAUGUCCUCCACUCUGCCCCACGUGCCAUUCCAACCACUGGGCGGGGUUCAUCAGGAGUUGGUUUGACUGCAGCUGUUACUACAGACCCUGAAACAGGUGAACGCCGAUUGGAAGCAGGUGCUAUGGUGCUUGCUGACAGAGGAGUUGUCUGCAUUGACGAGUUUGACAAGAUGAGUGACCUUGAUCGCACAGCCAUACAUGAAGUGAUGGAACAGGGAAGAGUCACUAUUUCAAAGGCUGGGAUCCAUGCCAAGCUUAAUGCACGUUGCUCUGUUCUUGCAGCUGCUAACCCAGUUUAUGGCAGGUAUGAUGAGUACAAAAAUCCUAUGGACAACAUUGGAAUGCAGGAUUCUCUUCUGUCUCGUUUUGAUUUGUUAUUUAUUGUGCUUGAUCAGAUGGAUCCUGAAAAUGACCGUAAAAUUUCUGACCACGUACUGAGGAUGCAUCGAUACAGAAAACCGGGGGAACAGGAAGGGGAGGCUUUACCAUUUGGAGUAACAACAGAGACUCUAGCCACACAAGACCCGGAGGCAGAGGAUGAGGAGACAGACACACCCAUCUAUGAGAAGUAUGAUGCAAUGUUGCAUGGAAAGCGUAAAGAUCGCAAGGAGAAAUAUGUGUCAAUGGCAUUUAUGAAGAAAUACAUUCAUGUAGCUAAAGGCAUCAAGCCUCGCUUGACAAAACAAGCAGCAGACAAAAUUUCCAAAAGCUAUUCGGCUCUGAGAGACCAGGAGAACGUUGGAAAUGAGAAGGCUAAGACAAUGCCUGUUACUGCACGAACUCUGGAAACAAUGAUUCGUUUGGCCACAGCACAUGCUAAGGCAAGAAUGAGCAAGACUAUCGAGGAGGACGAUGCUGGUGCUGCAAUUGAUAUGGUGUCAUUUGCGUACUUUCACAAGGUGGAGAAGAGAGAAAAGAACAAAAGGAAGAAAGAUUCUGAGGAGGAAUCUGGUGAAGAAGAGGAAGAGGAAGAACAAGAAGAAGAAAGUCAAACCAGCCAAUCACAGCAAAGAACAUCCAGAACCGCCACUAAAUCACAAGCCAAGAAACAGAAAGUAGCAAAGAAAGAUAGAGGCGAAGAAGAUGGUGACCCGUAUGAUUUUGACGGCGAUGACGGAGAACAAGAAACCGGAGAUGUUGUAGAGAAGAUGAAAAGUCGUCGUUCAGCCAAAAGCAGUGGCACUGAAGAAGCCAUGGAUACAAGUGAUGACAGAACUCCUGUUCCUCUUUCGUCUGAAAGACUCGGUGAAUUCAAAGCCGCUUUGUUGAAGGCCUUCUCUUCGGCGCAUGCCCAGACUCUACCGCUGACCACCGUGAAGGAGUCUGUAAAACGUGACAAGGCAUUCCGUGACGAGGAAAUCGAGAGUGCGUUACAAGUCAUGCAAGAUGCAAAUCAAAUCAUGGUGGCCGACGAUAACGUGUUCCUUAUUUGAAAACAUUUGUGAGUAACCAGUAACGAACGUUGUACGAAAGCAGUUGUAAAUUGUGUGUUAUAUAAAACUUUCCUUAACAUUGACCUCUGAAGGUCAUUCAGCUGUCAGUAGUUAAAUACUAUAUGUAGUUAUCAGUAACA